AUUCCUGCAUUAUUAGUGACCACCCAAAAAUACAAAUCAAGAACUCUACUUUCUGUAUGAGUGCCUAUCCAAACUUGACUAUGGUUAACUUCACCAGUGAAGGAAACAAAACGUUUGUCAGUGGAAGUGAAGAAUACUUCAAGUACUUUGUAUUGAAGAUUUCAGCAGGGAUUGAAUAUCCUGGUGAGAUUAGAUGGCCCUUGGCACUAUCUCUUUUCCUGGCUUGGGUGAUUGUAUAUGCCUCCCUUGCUAAAGGAAUCAAGUCAUCAGGAAAAGUGGUGUACUUUACAGCUACGUUCCCCUAUGUAGUUCUCAUCAUCCUUCUGAUAAGAGGAGUAACUCUACCUGGAGCGGGAGCUGGAAUCUGGUAUUUCAUCACACCAAAGUGGGAGAAGCUAAUUGAUGCUAUGGUUUGGAAGGAUGCUGCCACUCAGAUUUUCUUCUCCUUAUCUGCAGCAUGGGGAGGUCUAAUUACUCUCUCUUCUUACAACAAAUUCCAUAAUAAUUGCUACAGGGACACAUUGAUAGUCACAUGUACCAACAGUGCCACAAGUAUAUUUGCAGGCUUUGUCAUCUUCUCAGUUAUUGGCUUCAUGGCAAACGAGCUCAAAGUGAAUAUUGAAGCUGUGGCAGACCAAGGUCCUGGAAUUGCUUUCGUGGUUUACCCAGAAGCCUUAACGAGGCUUCCCCUCUCUCCGUUCUGGGCUAUCAUAUUCUUUUUGAUGCUUCUGACACUUGGAUUGGACACUAUGUUUGCCACUAUCGAGACUAUCGUGACCUCCGUUUCGGAUGAGUUCCCCAAAUACUUACGUACGCACAAGGCACUGUUCACUCUUGGGUGCUGCAUCUCCUUUUUCAUCAUGGGAUUUCCUAUGAUCACUCAGGGUGGAAUGUAUAUGUUACAGCUUGUGGACACUUACGCAGCUUCUUAUUCUCUGGUCAUCAUUGCCAUCUUCGAACUUGUUGGAGUUUCCUAUAUAUAUGGGUUGCAAAGAUUUUGUGAAGACAUAGAAAUGAUGAUUGGAUUCCAGCCAAGUAAAUUCUGGAGAGUCUGUUGGGCAUUUGUGACCCCAACUAUUUUAACA